AAACUAAGUUUUUCCAAACAGAAAGCUAGCAAUAAAAAUACUAUAAAUUUGUGUAACGUACAUAUAUAUAUAUAUAUAUAUAUAUAUAUAUAUAUAUAUACAUACAUACAUAUAAUUGACUAACGACUACAAUGUCGCUAACGUUAUAUUUCAAGAGGAAUGGUGUUGCUGCAUCAGUGACAUGUUUGUUGUGUUACGUGUGUUUGCUGUUGGUCAGUGUUGUACCUUUGACCGUUACUGUGGACACUGACCUGACAGUGGAAAUUGCUCCAGGAAACCAAGAAUGCUUCUACCAGCAUGUCCUCAUGAAAGGGGAGACUACUCUAGAACUAGAGUAUCAGGUGAUAGAUGGUGGUGACAUGGAUAUCAGCUUUUACAUUCAAGGCCCAAAUAAUGCAAUCCUCGUGGCCGAAGAGAGAAAGUCAGAAUCUUCACACAAAGUGGAUGUACAGAUGACAGGAACUUACAAGAUCUGCUUUGACAAUACCUUCAGCCGAUUCUUCAGGAAAGUCGUCUAUUUUGACAUCAUCACAGAGAAUGAAGAAGAUGAUGAGAAUGGAAACUGGACUUUCAGUAAAGAAGAUGCUGCAGAGUUGAUGGACAUUAAACUUGAUGAUUUUAAAUCAAUAGUUGGGCGUGUAAAAGAGAAUCUUGAAAGAUCGCAUCAGGUCCAGACUUACUUGAAAAUGUUUGAGGCACGAGACCGAAACAUCCAGGAAUCCAAUUUUGAACGUGUCAACUGGUGGUCCGGCUUCCAGUUGUUCCUCAUGAUGUCUGUGGCGUUGACACAAGUGUUCAUGAUUCGCAGCCUUUUUGACGACCACAGCCGGCUACACAAAGUUUUCCAGCCACGAACCUGAAUAGCAAUACUAGAGCAACGAAUGAAGAGAACCUAGAAAAGGAGAAGAGAUGAAACAAGAAAGACAUCAUACUACACACACAUGCGCGUUUCUAUAUAUAUAUACAUACAUACAUACAUACAUACAUAUAUGUAUAUAUAUAUAUAUAUGAUUAUGAAUAUAUAUUUUUUCUGAGAAAUCCAGUGAGAUAAAUGUAAAGUGUUUCUGUGUGGAGGAAAUGUUUGUUUGACGAAUUCAGUCUGGACAAAAACAGAUUGUACAUUUGGUACAUUUGUCUCAUUUAAUUUUAAAAACAAGAAAUUUUUUGAAUCCACUUGACGGCGUUGAGUUCUGUAAUUUGGCUUGAAGUUAUACUUGUUUCAACGAGCAAGCAAACUGUAAUAAUAAAAUGAUGUAUGCAUGUAUAUGUGUGUGUGUGUGUAUACAUAUACAUACACAUACACAUGUAUGCAUACAUAUAUAUAUGUAAAUAUAUUUGUAUAUAUAUAUAAAUAUAUUUGUAUAUAUAUAUAUAUAAAUAUAUUUGUAUAUAUAUAUAUGUGUAUAUAUAUGUAAAUAUAUUUGUGUAUAUAUAUAUAUAUAUAUAUAUAUAUACACACAUUAUUUACAUAUGUGAUUUUAUAUAUCUACAUAUAUUUAUUUACAUAUGUGAUUAUAUAUAUAAAUAUAUAUAUACAUAUGUGAUAUAUAUAUACACACACAUAUAUACACACAUUUGUAUAUACAUGAUAUAUAUAUAAAAUCACAUAUGCAUAUAAAUAUGCAUAUGUAUAUUUGAUUAUGUACUAUUAUUAUUGUUCAAAUUUUUUAAUUUUUGAGAGACACAAAAAACAGAAAGAAUUCUAAUUUAUACAAAAGUCUAAUAAUGUAGGAAGAGCUUCAUAUUUUUUAUUUCUAUUUUUUGACUUGAUUCUUCCUCUUAACCAACCACAAGCAUUUCUUCAUUAAAAGCAGUAUUAUACAACAUUUUUUCUUCCAGAAACAGUAUUAUAACCUUAUUAUGCAAUACCAAAUCCAUAGGUUCUAAUACAGUACACCUCACCCCACCCA